AUGGAUGCCGUAUUCGUGUUACUGUUUUCCAUGAUCGCAUCGAUCUCCUGCCAAUCCCCUAAUAAUCAAUACCAGUCGCCCCAACAAGCUGCAAUUUUGAGCGAUGCGAGGUAUUUGGCUGGGGAUGGAACUUUCGGCGCCGCUUAUUCGCAAGAGGAUGGCGUCGAGUUCAAGGAGGAAAGCGACGUUUACGGAAAUCGUCGUGGCUCUUACUCCUACGUGGAUCCUACCGGUCAAAGACGCACAGUGACAUAUACGGCUGGUAAAAAUGGCUUCCAGGCGACAGGCGACGGCAUUCCCGUCCCACCCCCGCAAGCCCCGCCACAGCCAGAAUACGUGCCUCUGCCGCAAUACAACCCACCCGAUUAUCAACCACCGCGUUACACACCAUCCUCUCAACAAUAUCAGCAACCAAGGAGUCAACCAGUGUACGAAGUGCAACCGGAACCUCAGCCUCAGCCUCAGCCUCAAUUUCAACCUCGACCAGCUUAUCAACCCCAACCGCAACAAUACCAACCAAGGCCUCCUCAACCACCACCGGAAAUCCAAUCUAUUCCUUCGUAUAAUCCUCAACCGCAAUACCAACCCCCUCUUAGACCAUUGCCACAAUACAACGCGAUAACCACGCCACCCCCACGAAGGUUUUAUCCACCUGGAAAGCUGAACUUCAACAGGACUCCGGAUGGUUACUCUUAUACGUUUAGCAAGAGCUAA